GAGGACUGAGGACUUGGGCGACCGCGGCUGGUACUAGGGAUGGUACCAAUUUGCACGUCUGGACCAAACAGGGGCAUAGAUACAGACUUUGGCCAAAGUCCCCAUAUUUCUGAGCCCGCCGUGUGAUUUAUGGACAGAAACCCCCUGUCGUCGCAGCCGAUUCUUUACAGCUAAAACCAAAAGGAAUUUUGUGGGGAAUCGCAGAGCAGAUUCCCUGAGUUCAAAACAUUUGCGCACAAACACAAUAAGUGCAAUGCUGGCCUGACUUAUAAGGGACUGCAUUUUAAUAUUUCAUUAUACUGAAUUUUCUUUGCUCAACAUUCCCAGCUGGAAGAGUUCGGCAAUCCAGCAAAGCUAGAUCAAAGAGAAGCCUUGCCGCUAAGGAACUGCUGGCAAAUUCAGCUCUUCGCAACCUCGUGCCUUCCAAAUAAGCUGGACUACAACUUCCAUGCUGCUUGGGGAUAAUGGUGGUUGCAUUCCAACGCCUUUUGGAAGGCAUCAGCUUCAGAAAGGCUGCCGAGCACGUCAGAGGCAUUCACAAGAGCAGAUGUUUCCACGUUUCUCUGGGUAUCGGAUCUCAAGAAGGCCGCUUGAGCACGGCUGAGAUUCGACAGGGUGCUUCUGCUUCGACUCUGAUUAAAUGUGUGUUGAAUUUUCAUCGCCGCUCUGCCCGAGUGGAAGGAACGGUCUAACGCCGUCAGACCCGGUACAGCUCCGAAAAUGCUGUCUGGCCUGGACCCAUUUUAGCGCCCUUCACCUCCUCACCUGGAAACCCUAAGCCACCUCUCUUAAGGUCUGUUUGCCGUUUAGAAAACACUGUUUGGUCUCGCAGGCGAAUUGCCCAGGUGGUGAUCUUAUCAGGAAUCAUAAAACCCUGUAGCCGGUGAAGUUAUUGAUUAACCUCGAUCCCCCAACUUGUAAAACACACACACACACACACACACACAGAACAACGUCACUGUUUUGCCCAGUGGGUUGGAUGCUUGGAAGAGCAAACAAAAGAAUCACACUGUGUUCGUGGGACAAAGCGCUUUUAUAUAAAGGGGCUGCCGGCUCCAUGAAGGCAGCUUCUGCGGGACUGACCAGCAUCGCCCGGAUGCCCGCGCUUUCCCCAUGGAGCCGUCCGGGGAUGGUUUACGCACUGAGAAGGAGAUGGAAACCGGCGAGACGGGGCGGCUCGGAGCGGCAGAGGAAAACUCGGCACAGCCAGAGACCUCCGAGGGCCCAGCUGGGCAAGGGGAGAGUGUUCCCGCCUCGUCCGCAGGAGAGUCUCUGCCCGCCGUGGAGGGGCCAACGGAGGAUGCUGCAGACCCUGUGCCGGCUGCCCCUUUGCAACCACCCACGCCGGGCUCCACGACACCUUCAGAAACGCCGCCGGCGGAGCCGCCCGAUCAGCCUGGCCUCUCCAGGGCCUCGCUGGCCGAGCCAGACUGCCUCAUCUGCUUCCACCGGUACAGCCCGCAGCGGCCGCCCAAGCUCCUGGCUUGCCAGCACGCCUUCUGUGCCGUCUGCCUGAAGCAGCUCCUGCGGCGCGAGGACCGUGCCUGGCGCAUCGGCUGCCCGCUCUGCCGCAAGGCCACCGUGGUCUUCGGGGGGCUCGUCUGCAGCCUCCGCGACAGGGAGGGCCCGGGGGAGCGGCUGCGGGGCCCCGGCCCGGGGGCCGAGGGGCCCUGCCCGGCCACGGGGGCCGGCCCACCCCAGGCCGCCGCGGCCGGCCGAGACGGAGCCGACGCAGGGGCCAACCGGGCCGCGGCCAAGCGGCUGCUGCUGCUGCUGCUGCUGGUGGCCCUGCUCACACUGCUGCUGCUGCCCUUCCUGUACGCGGGGCUGCUGAAGUGGGCCCUCUGGUCCGUGGCCGCCCUGGGGCUCCUCCUGUCUGUGGUGCUGAGCUGCAACCCCGGCCGGAGCUGCGCCCACCAGCCGUGGCCCCCCUGGCGGAGCAAGGCAGGCCAGGGCGCCUCCGCUGCCUGA